CUCCCUCCCCUUAACCCUUCCUGGCCCGGCUGGGAGAGAGAGUUUGCCGCUUGUGCCGCUUCCGCUUCCUCCUCCUCCUCGUUGCAGCCUGUCUCCUCUUUCUCCUUCUCCUUCUCCUGGUGAUUUCUGUUCCCAGACCUUCUUCUCCAAAGGGCCGAAGAGGGGCUGAAGCCCAAAAGACCUGGAGGGAGGGCCGAAGCUGGCCCAGGCCUGUUUCUCUCACAGGUUGGCCUUCUAACACACUCGCUGGGUGUGUGUGUGCAGUUACAAAAUAUCGAAAUAAUAAGAGUUCUUCCCAUCAGUGUUCCCAUCAUGGAGAGACCCAACCCACCUGGACCUGAAGCAGGCAGGGCUCCCGGGAGCAGUGGGGAAUUCUGGGAAAGAACUGCACAGAUGUUCCUGAAUGCGCACAUACAAUGCCUGCGCUUCAGGCAGUCCUCCUACAAACAGGAUGAGGGACCCAGAGAGGUUUGCAGCCGCCUCCACGAUCUCUGCCGCCAGUGGCUGAAGCCAGAGCAACACACCAAGGCUGAGAUGCUGGACCUGGUGAUCCUGGAGCAGUUCCUGAGCCUCCUGCCCCCAGAGAUGGGGAGCUGGGUCCGAGAGUGUGGGGCAGAGACCUCUUCCCAGGCGGUGGCCCUGGCGGAAGGCUUCCUCCUGAGUCGGGCAGAGGACAAGAGCCAGGAAGGACAGACCCAAAAUAACUGCAUCGAAGCCCAGUCUAAUGUCCCUGCAUCAGAGAAAUCUCCAUCAAACACAACCCAGAGUCUCAGGCAGAAGGAGCUGAAGCAGGAAGAAGAUAGAGCUGCAGCUUUACAGGGGGCUGGAAUGAUGUUGUUGCCGAAUCCUCAGUCGUUUCUUCCCCUUUGUGAUGGAGUGGAACUGAAUCAGGGCCCAAUCGCCUUUGAGGAUGUGGCUGUCCAUUUCUCCCUGGAGGAGUGGGCUCUUCUGAAUCCUGGUCAGAAAGUCUUGCACGUGCAGAUCAUGGAGGAGAUUCAUGGGAUUGUGGACUCUCUUGCAGAUAACUGGAAGAAAAGCAAUGUAUGCACCCAACACAGGAAGCAUUUUGGACACAAUGGGGGUCUUCCUACACACCAGCAAGUCCACAGUGAAGAUGGAGAUUCUGCCACAGAAAGGCCCUACAAAUGCAAUGUAUGUGGGCAAUGUUUUACCCAAAAUAAGGAGCUCGUGCUUCAUGAGACACUCCAUGCUGGGAAAAGCUAUUUUAAAUGGAAAGUACUUGGAAAACGUGUUGUUGAUUACAAAUUGCCACUUUUGAACCAACGAGAAAUCUGUGAAGGAACUGAGGAUUUCAUAUGCCAAGAGUGUGGAAAACAUUUUGCUUACAGAUCGCUAUUGAUGACUCAUCAGAAAAUCCACACAAGAGAAAAACCAUACAAGUGCCAGGAGUGUGGGAAAUCUUUUAUCCAGAGUUCACACCUGGUGAAACACGAAAGAUUUCAUACGGGAGAAAAACCAUACAGAUGCCAGGAGUGUGGAAAGUGUUUUGCUUACAGUUCACACUUGGUGAGCCACAAAAGACUUCACACAGGAGAGAAACCAUACAAGUGCCAGGAGUGUGGGAAGUGUUUUUCCUACAGUUCACAUUUAGUAAGCCACAAAAGACUUCAUACAGGAGAGAAACCGUACAAGUGCCAGGAGUGUGGGGAAUGUUUUACUCAGAAUACACACCUUGUAGAGCACUGGGGAUCCCACACAGGAGAGAAACCAUACAAAUGCCAGGAGUGUGGAAAAUGUUUUGUUCGAAGUUCAUCCCUUGUGACCCACCAGAGAGUUCACACAGGGGAGAAACCAUACAGAUGCCCCGAUUGUGGUAAAAGUUUUGCUUACAGUUCACACUUGGUGAGGCACCAAAAACUUCACACAGGAGAGAAACCAUACAAAUGCCAGGAGUGUGGGAGAUGUUUUGUCCAGAAUGUACACCUUAUAGACCACUGGAGAACCCACACACGAGAGAAACCAUACAAAUGUCACAAAUGUGGAAAAUGUUUUACUCAGACUUCAUCCCUUAAUAAGCACCAAAGAAUCCACACAGGCUAAAAAACAUACAAAUGCCAGGCGUUUGGGAAAUGUUUUCUCCAGGAUGUAUACCUUUUGAACCUUCAGAGACUACAUACAGGAGAUAAAUCAUCCUAAGAACUGAGACAAACCUAAUAAAAUUAGUUGCAAAAGGGAAAUUGUAGGUCGUGGACAUUCUGAUGCUGUAGGCUAUACAUUCAACACCUGAUGAAAACAUGUGAUUCCCUUGUCUUUAGGUGGCACUUGGCUUGAUUUUGGACUGAUCUCUUAGACAACUCUUUUUUCCCCCCAAUAUAAUAAUUUUUAUUUACAUACAUUAACAACUUACAGUGAAACAAAACACAAAAACAAUGAACAUUUUACAGACAUAUAACCCCACUACCAAGGCCUGAACAGGUAUCCUUUCCUUCUUAGACAACUCUUUUCUAACUUUCAUACUCUGUUCAGGUUUUGUUAUUUGUUGCUUUUUUUGCUUAGUUUGGGGACUGUUUGGAGAACUCUUUUGCUUCUCUGGGCAUGGGUAUCACCAUGGGACUGGACUGGCUUUCCCCUGGUCAGCCUUUGUGGGUAAAUAUCUGAUUUAAAACAGAACCCUUUGAGAACAUCUGCCUAAGAUUUCGUAGUCUCCUUCUUGGCUAUGUGAAUCCAUAAAUUGAAGUCCUCUGGAGCAGCAGAAAGUAAGCUCCUUGUGACAAUCCUUCAGAGGGUUAAAUAUGAUUGCUAUGUAACCUAUUCUCAAAAGAAACCAUAUGUAAGUCCAUCAAUUGUUCUUCUUGGGCUUAGUUUCCAGCUCCAUUACCAUUAGUUGCAAUAGAAUUUACUGGUUGUUUUUCCACUCCUGGCACACUGCUAUAUUAAAUUGAAAAACAUGAGCUUUA